AUGAGUGAGACAGAAGAAGCCACCUCCACUGAGGUGACCUCCUCAGCUUCCAUCCAAACAUCACCAAAGCACUUGGGGUCCUUGGAUGAUGGAGCCCCUCCCUGGGACGUCCUGGACCAUAACCUCAGCUGGGCUGAGAUCUCCAAAGCUACCAAAGACGCGGGUCUCACGGGAAAGGCAUCCAAGAAGUUCAUCGCCAAGAGAGUGCGAGGCACCGUCAAAUGGUUUAACGUGAAGCAUGGAUAUGGUUUCAUCACCAGGCACGAUGUGCAGGAAGACGUGUUCGUUCACCAGACAGCCAUCACCCGGAACAACCCUCACAAGUACGAACGCAGCGUGGGCGAUGGCGAGACGGUCGAGUUCGACGUGGUGCAGGGCAAGCGGGGCACCCAGGCGGCCAACGUGACCGGCCCUGCGGGAGUCCCGGUGGAGGGCAGCCUAUAUGCCACCAACCGCCCUCGCGGCCGCGGGGGCUUCUACAAACAGCGCCAAGCGCCCCCGCGCGGCCCCAAGGGAGCCGAGGACAAAGAAUCAGUCGAGAGAGAAGACAACAGCCUCCGCUCCCUCCAGAGCUUCUCCAUCAGUCGCGGGGAACCUCUGCUAGGCCUCCCAGGCGGCGAGGACCAGAAGGUGGACAAGGACAACGCUGCAGCCGACAACAAUCCCCGCUUCCGCCAGGGCUGCUCUAUUCGCAGUCCGGCCUCUGCGCGCGGCCCAAGUGGAGCGGAGGAGCAGAAGGUGGCCAAGAAAGUCAAUGAUGGUGGUGAAGACAGAAGCGAGGGCUUCACAGCGACUCAGGGCCAGCUGCCAGACCACGCCAAAGACCAAAGCCUCCAGCGCUUCCCGCCAACCUGUGAGACACCAGGGGUGGCCCGGCAAGAGCUUCCUGUUCCACCCACCAGCGGCCAGCUGGCGUCCAACUUGCCUGAUCCGGUCACAGGGCUCCAAGGCGGGCAAAGGCUGGGACGCGCCCCCAGCUACUUGAAGAGUCGCCCAAGGGGUCGACGCACCACUCUGGGGCCAGGACCUUCACCUGAUGUCACCAAGAAGACUGAGGCGGAGGGCAUGAAGAAAAAAAGUGAAGUAGGUGACCUGCAACAAAGCCACCCUCCACACUACAAAUCCUGCUUCCCCAAAAAUCAAUGCUGCCUCCAGGCAGCGCCAUGUCCCAAGGCCCAAAAUUGCGAAGGAGAAGCGGACAAAAUUGAGAAAGGUUUGGCUGAGAUCCGCGCUCAACCCAACGGAAAUGGCAGCACCAAAAGUGAGAGCUCAGCAGCUGCCUCAGCUGAGUAG